CAAGUGAUAGUAUUGCUGGAAGGGAGUGUUGUGGGAGCCUCGCUCGACAGUUCGAGAUAAUUUUUUGUUAUUUUUUAAUUAAUUGCGAUUUGCAUUUAAGUUAUGAUUAGUAUCACCAAUAGAAGUGUGCUCGGCCGAUUGUUUAAACUAAACUCUGCAAUAUUACCUCAAUUCAACCCAUCAAAGACAAUGGCUUCACAGAGUGAUAAAAGAUUCAAAGUACUCGUCACUAGUCCCGAAGUACCAAAAGCCGCCAUUGAUUUACUCAAGAAAAGUUGUGAUGUAACUAUUUGUGAAACACUGCCCCCAGAACGUAGUGAAAUGUUGAAGAAAGUCCCGGGAGUCGAUGGAGUAUUAUGGGGAACUUAUGAUAAACUUAAUGAUGAAGUACUCGAUACAGCUGGAGAAACACUCAAAGUUAUUUCAACUAUGUCAUCUGGAAUUGAUUAUGUGGAUCAACCUGCACUGAAAAGGAGAAAAGUUCAGUUAGGACAUACUCCAGUUGUGGUGAAUGAACCUGUUGCAGAGUUAACUAUUGCAUUGAUGGUGGCAGCUGCAAGAAGAUUUCACGAGGGACGUCUGCAUAUUGAAAAUGAGACAUGGAUCACAUGGAGCCAUAAAUGGAUGCUCGGUUACGAUAUAAAAGGGUCCACCGUUGGAAUUGUAGGUUUUGGAGGCAUUGGCCAAUCUAUAGCGCAACGUCUACAAGGCUACGAAAUCAAAGAACUCCUUUACACUGGGCGCAAUGAAAAGCCGGAGGCUAAAAAAUAUAACGCGAAAUAUGUCUCCUUUGAUGAGCUCUUAAAAACCAGUGAUUUUGUCAUCGCCGCUUGCCCUCUAACGCCGGAAACAAAAGAAAUGUUCAACGAAGCCGCGUUCAACAAAAUGAAACCAACAAGUAUUUUCGUAAAUGUCGCCAGAGGACAAAUUGCCGAUCAAAAGGCUCUUUACAAUGCUCUGAAAAAUCAUACAAUUUUUGCAGCAGGAUUAGAUGUAAUGACACCCGAGCCCCUUCCUAAAGAUGAUCCUCUAAUGACUUUGCCCAAUUGUGUGAUUAUUCCACAUCUUGGAACAGCUACAGAAAAAGCUACUGAAAAUAUGGCCCUUGUUGCAGCCCAUAAUGUGCUCCGUGGUUUGGCUGGCGAACCAAUGAUAUCACCAGCGUACCAACUGUAGAUGGUAAACGCAGUUUGUCACUAUUUACUGUGUGUGUUUUUUAAAUAUCACGUAAUUGAAUAUAAAUAAAUGAUCCAGAUUGUGGUCUUA